CCUUUUAUUCUCUCUCUUCCUCUCUCUCUCUCUCUCCUCUGUGUCAUCUAUGGCCGACUCAAACUCUGCGCUCUGGAUAAAGCAUAUAGAGUGUUAUGUCGAUUCCUCUACCCUUGAAAUCGAUCAGGUUGCAAGUUUGGAUGCAAUUGCUACCCUUUUGAAGAAUGAUGCAUUGACUAUUGAAACAUUAGUGAGAGAGAUGGAGAUGUAUUUGACUACUACUGAUAACAUUCUACGAGGAAGAGGUAUACUUUUCCUUGGAGAGUUGCUAGAACUUCUGUCCUCAAAGACCUUGAACGAUGCUUCAAUACGAAGUUUAACAGAAUUCUUCACAGAACGGCUGGCAGAUUGGAAGGCAUUACGGGGCGCACUUGUGGGCUGUUUGGCUUUGACAAAGAGAAAAAGCAAUGUUGGUAUGAUUACUAUUAGUGAAGCAACAGGUGUUGCAAAUUCUUUUUUCCAUACCUUGGCGGUGCGGUCCCUUAGCCAGUAUGAUAGAUUGCUUUGCUUUCAACUCCUAGAAUGCUUGCUUGAGCACUAUCCAGAUGCAAUUGUGGGACAGGGUGACCUUCUAUUCUACGGAAUCUGCGAGGCUCUAGAUGGGGAAAUGGACCCCCAAUGCUUAAUGAUUGCCUUCCAUAUUGUGGAGUUGUUGGGGAAACUAUUUUCAGAUCCAUCAAGUCCACUAUCAGCACUUGCUGCAGAUCUUUUUGAUAUUUUGGGUCGCUAUUUCCCUGUGCAUUUUAUAAAGGGAGAAGAGAUUGACGUGAAAAGGGAUGAGCUGUCAAAGGCACUGAUGUUGGCGUUUGCUUCCACACCUGUCCUUGAGCCACAUGCAAUCCCAUUGCUUCUUGAAAAGCUUUCCUCUUCUCUCCCGUCCUCAAAGAUUGAGUCUUUGAAGUACCUUAGCUACUGUUCUGUGAAGUAUGGAGAUAAGAGGAUGGAAAAUCAUGCUGAAGCUUUGUGGACUUUGCUGAAAGAUGUCAUUUUUAGUUUGCCAGAGUCUACAUUGUCUUCGGAAUUGGAAGCAAUGGAUAAAGGUUCUCCAGAGAAUGAAAUUGCAAGAGAAGCUUUUCAACUUCUUCAGAAACUUAUUACUAUAAAUGAAGCCUCAUACUUAAAUAUGAUAGUCGCUGAUGAAGACAUAAUCAAGACUUUCAAGUCGGCCAAUUUAAAGGAUUCUCUUGAAAUUCCUGUACAAAACAACCAGAAAUUGCUUGCUGUUGGUCAAAUAUUGUCUGUUACCGCCCAAGCCUCAAUUGUUUCUUGCAACAGAGUCUUUGAAAGUUUCUUCAUCAGUUUAGUGGAAGGAUUCGUCCCUUCAGUUUCAGAUUUAUCUGGUAACAAUUAUGAUGGAGCUCUAUUUCUCUGUGUUGAUCUGCUUGCUGCAUCUAGACAUUUGACAGUAGGCCCCGAAGAGUCAAACUCUCUUAUUCUAUCUGGUGAUGAGAUUUGGGGAUGCAUGCUUCAGGAAUUUUGCACUUCACUAACUAAGGCCUUUUCUUCUACACUGGUGAGAAGUGAUGACAACAUUGAUAAUUUCCGUCUUUCCUUAGGAUUGAAAGGUUUACAGAUUUUGGCAACAUUUCCUGGAAGUUCUUUCCCAGUAUCGAAGUCCAUAUAUGAGAAUAUUUUGACAAAACUUAUGUCAAUCAUCACAUUGGAUUUUAGCCACUCAUUGUUGUGGAAGUUAUCUCUGAAGGCAUUGGUUGCGAUUGGUUCCUUUAUUGAAAAACAUAAUGAGUCUGAGAAGGCUGUGAGUUUCAAGGCUAUCGUGGUAGAUAGGGUCAUUAGAAUGUUGUCUUAUGAUGAUACCACCGUGCACCUUGAGCUCAAACUUCAAACAGUCACUGACAUUGGCAUGAUUGGGCCUACUCACAUGAUGUGCGUUGUGCAAGCAUUGGAAGAAACUAUUUUCUCGUAUCUAAGUGAAGUUUAUGGCAAUGGGAAUGUUAAAUCAACAAAGUCCUGUGUCCAGCUUUUGGAAUGUUACUGUAACAAGUUGCUACCAUGGUUUGUUGAGAUCAAGAGUUUCAAGGACAUUCCAUCAAAAUUUGUCCUUAAAAUUUUAGACCAACUUGAUAGUUGCAAUAAUUCUGACAUCGUGAUCAAGGAAAAUGAAUUAUUUGAUGUAAUGAUGGCAACAAUGAAGCGGGCUGUUGCAAUUUGUUCAGAGGAAAGUCAAAGCAAAAUUAUUGAAAGAGCUUUUCAUGUACUUUUAUCAAGGGAGCAUAUCUCAGACUCUGAUCCAUUAAAAAUAAAAGGAUCUCCACUUGACCAGAGUUUAAAGAGUUGUGAAUGGAUCAUUUCAUUAUUUUCUUCAGUCAUUAUAGCUCUUCAUCCUCAAACAUGCAUUCCAAACAUCAUAUCUGUCAUAAAUAUAUUAAUGAGAAACCUCGUUUCUGGACACAUUCCUGCUGCCCAGGCAUUGGGUUCUAUACUCAACAAACUGCCUUCAAAAGCCAAUCCAUUUGGAACUUCCACUGACUGCAAUCUUGAAGAGGCAUUGGACAUAGUCUUUAACGGUAUUGUAUUGAAUGGUGAUAAAGAUGGUCUUCUAAAAUGCUUUAGUUCUACUAAAAUAAAUGUAUAUGAUCCCCAAGGAAGAUUGUUUUAUGUCAAUGCUAUUGUUGGAUUAGCAUGGAUUGGAAAGGGGUUGGUUAUGAGGGGUCAUGAAAAACUUAGAGACGUAGCAAUGACAUUCUUGAGUUAUUUACUUGUGGAUGGCGAUGUUAGAGUCUCUUCACUGAAAGAUGUCAAUGAGCAGGAUCUUCUUACAGUGAGGAAAGCUGCAGCAGAUGCAUUUCAUAUUCUUAUGAGUGACUCUAAUGAUUGCUUGAACAAAAGUUUUCACGCAGCUAUUAGACCCCUCUAUAAGCAGCGGUUCUACUCUACAAUGACGCCCAUUCUUCUCUCUUCACUUGUGCAAAUUGAUUCUUUAAUCACAAGAUCUAUGAUAUACCGAGCUUUUGCCCAUGUCAUUUGUGGUGCUCCACUAAAUGCUGUCUUGACAGACUCUAGAAAGCUUAUUCCUAUACUCUUAGACAGCUUAACCAUUUUAAGCAAGGAUGGGAAAGACAAAGAUCUUGUAUACAGUCUCCUGCUUGUAUUAUCUGGGAUGUUAAUGGACAACAAUGGACAAGAAGCUGUCGUCGAGAGUGUGCAUAUUAUUGUCAGACAUCUACUUGGACUCAUCUCCUAUCCUCAUAUGAUGCUUGUCCGAGAGACAACAAUCCAAUGUUUUGUUGCUCUAUGCCGUCUUCCCUAUGCAAGAAUAUAUCCAAUGAGAACACAGGUAUUACAAGCUAUAGGAAAGGCUCUCAAUGAUCCAAAAAGAAUUGUUCGUGAAGAAGCUGUUAGAUGUUGGCGAGUGUGGGCAUCAAUUGCAUCUAAAUAGUAGAUGUGGUCUCCAAACAAGUCCAAGAUCUCGAUUUGCAACGUCAAUGCAAACAUUUAUGUUUUGAACUUUUUUGUUUUGUUUUUUAUUACUUCUUCCCUCCAUAUUUGUAUUUAGUGAAGAGACAUUGAGAAUUGAGAUCAAUGUGUAUUGUUUGGUAAGAGCCUAUUAUGAUGAUAUUGGUUUUGUAAGAGAAUUUAUUCUAAUAGUUUGUACAAUAACUAACAACACUAUCUAUAUAUAUUAUAAUUGACAAUUGUCACUAAUAUUUUCCU